CGUGUCGCACCCAAUGGGGUCCGGAGGAUUUUGCCUCGGAGACCAGGUGGCGCUGAUACUCCCCUGAUCCGGCCCCCGGGGCGGGGGAGCCGCCCUGGCGGGACCCGGCCUCCGCGGAGGCGGCAGGUGGAGGAGAAACCCCGAAGCUCGGGACAGAAGCACGGCUAGAGUCGGAGCCGCUGCCGGAGCAAGACAAUGAGCUCUUCAAACUAUUCCACUAUAUGAAGGAAAUUGGAAUCUGAAUGAAAAACAUGUGUCUGAGGUUAAAUGUGGGAAAUAUGUAGAUGAUUCUAGUUAGAAGUGGAAAGCACUUCAAGGACAUAAUAGCUCUGUCGAGGAAACUUGCCCACAAAUAAUCAAGGUGUAUCAUCUCAAGGAGAUGAUACAUAGAAAUGAAUCCUGUACUUCAGGGCAGGUACCUAUGAGCUACUUAUGCUGCCUGAUUUACAUAUUGGAAGAAUGGACUGGUGUGGAGUACCUUGAGGACUAUCUGAAUUAUGUGGCAUACCUUUUAUGGGUGUUUACUCCACUCAUAAUAGUUUUUAUACUUCCUGGACUUAUCCUCCUCCUCCUCUACAUUUCCGUUAUUUUUCUUUAUGUUUAUAAGAGGAAGAAUGAACUAAAGGAGGCUUAUUCCAAUGAUAUCUGGGAUGGUGCAAGGCAAAUGGUGGCAACUUUAUGGGAUGGACAUGCAAGAAUAUGGCAUGGUUAUGAGGUUCAUGGUCUGGAAAAAAUACCAGAAGGACCUGGGCUUGUUGUUUUUUAUCAUGGCGCAACUCCUAUAGACUAUUUCUACUUCUUGGCUAAACUCCUUAUACUGAAGAACAGAAUGUGCUAUACAGUAGCUGAUCACUUCGUCUUUAAAUUACCAGGUUUUAAACUUUUACUUGAUGUGUUUGGUGUUAUGCAUGGACCAAAGGAAGAAUGUGUUAAAGCUCUGAAGAAUGGCCGCUUGGUGGCUGUCUCGCCGGGUGGAGUUAGAGAAGCACUCUUUAGUGAUGAAACCUACGUUCUUGUAUGGGGUAAUCGUACGGGCUUUGCUCAGGUGGCCAUUGAUGCAAAAGUGCCCAUCGUUCCUAUGUUCACACAAAAUGUUCGGGAAGGAAUUAGGACAUUAGGAGGAAUAAGAUUAUUUAGGUUGAUGUAUGAACGUCUUCGAUUGCCACUCGUUCCUGUAUACGGAGAUUUUCCAGUCAAAUUUCGUACAUACAUUGGAGAUCCUAUUCCAUAUGAUCCAAAUAUAAAUGCUGCAGAACUGUCUGGAAAGGCAAAGGCUGCAAUCCAGUCUUUAAUAGACAGACAUCAGAAAAUACCAGGAAACGUAUUUAGGGCUUUAAUGGAACGAUUUGAGACACAGCAGAAAGAAGACUAGUGUAUGGUGUAUAACAAACUACACAUUUACUUGUAAUAUUUUCAAAACUGUUUGUAACAUAUUAUCCUCAAAAUUAAUUAUUAAAUGCAUUGUCUUAAUAUUUCUUUUUUAAUGCAGAUGUUUUCGGUAUAGUUUAACAAGAGCUGUGAGCAAUGAUUUUUUUUUUUCCUUCCCCCAGUGAUCAAUAUCAAACUUGAGCCCAAACUUGCAGUCUUACUCAGGUAAAAAUUUCACUAAAGUAAUUAGCUUUCAAGUGCAGUCCUAUACUGAAAAAUAACUUCGUAAAAAUGACGUUGGAGGCUUCCAUAUUCAUAGUCUUUUGAUAAUUUCCAUCUCAAAUUUGCAGGUAAAAAAAAUGUUUUGUCUAACUGCCAAGCCUGCAAGCUCAUGGCGGAUUCUGACAUGCAAGCUAGAUUCUUUCUAUCUAAAUACCAUUACCAGUAAUAGAGGUUCUUCCAGCCAAAUAAAGCCCUGAACUACACCUAUGAAAACCCAUUUUCUUUAGAUUAUGUCCUUGGCUACACCUGUACAAACUUAAAUUACAUAAGAAUGGCCAUACUGGGUCAGACCAAAGGUCCAUCCAGCCCAGUAUCCUGUCUACAACAGUGGCCAAAACCAGAUGCCCCAGAGGGAGUGAACCUAACAGGUAAUGAUCUAGUGAUCUCUCUCCUGCCAUCCAUCUCCAUCCUCUGACAAACAGAGGCUAGGGACUCCAUUCCUUGCCCAUCCUGGCUACAUUCAAAGCCAUAGACAGGUGUAACUAGUCGCUUAGAUUUCUUUACAUGCAGAACCUGUAGUCCUGGUGGUAAUGCUUCAGCUGGAAGGUAUCCAGCUUUAUUGUUGGAGCCCAGAAAGAGUUUGUGGGGCUGGAGCUUUAUUAGAAGAAAAAGAAAGAAAGAACCCCCAAGAAACUGAGCAAACUUCUUACAGAAACCAGUAAGACACAAUACAUACAGAAUCCCAUAAUGAUAUUUUUUAUGAAGUAAUUUUUCAGGGUAAAACCACAUGGCUUUUUUUGUCCCUGACUAAAGACUGUAGGCCCAUAAAUCUGCGAACAGAAAACCAGAUCUUUUUUUGGCACAGUGAACUGAAUGCUUAAUCUUUUAGAAAGAAGGAUUGAGUAAUAUUCAAAACUGCAACAGUCAGAGUUUUUAAUUUUAUUACAAAAUAGAAUGCAACUUGUAAUGUUCUGUUUUCAGAGUUUCUCCAUAUUCAACAGUAUAAACAGCCUUUAUAAUUUUUGUAUAUAUAUAUCUCACUAAACUGUUUUUGUAGAAAACUAUAUAAAUUUUUUUUUACAUAUCAGAAUUACAAAUUGACUCGCCCCCAAUUAUGCAACUCAGCUAAUACCCUCAUUGGAAUGAGUGAGGGGAUUUGCCUGAAGAAGGAGUUGCUGGAUUGGGCUAGGUUUGUUCAUUGACAAUAAACUGAAUUUUUAUCUGAACUGAAUCACUGACUAAUGUAUGAAUUGUCUGAAUAGCAAAAUACCUUAAAUAUUUCCUGUAGAUAAGUACUCAAACUGUAAGUGACUGUAAAAUCAAUGUCUGGAAGUGUUCUUUAGUUGUAGGAGGCCAUCAUCUCCUGGUAGGCCUUUUUAAAAACAAAACAAAACACUUUUAAAGAGGUGAAGAGCAAAUCUCUUUCACUUAACUGUAACAGUUUGGUUAAUUCCUGCAAACACUUAUAUGCACAUGCCUUACUUUACACACAACUUAGUCACAUUGAUUUAAAUGGGACUUAUGUGCAUAUGUUUGCAGUAUCAGGGUUUUAUAUUAAGUGUAGAGUCAUUAUAUGGGGGAAACAAACAUCAUCUGUACAUUAUAAGAUCUGCAUAAACAAUUCAUCUCUGUGUACACUGUAGUGUUCUGUUUGAUUUAACAUGUUUAGUUAAAAUGUUUAAGCUUGAAAAAAAUCAUGUCAUGUGAAAACAAAUGCCCUUUCCAAAGUCUGUUGAUUUGUGAUCUCCUUGAAAACUUAAGGGGACACUAUCAUGAUCUAAGAAUAAAUUUAAUGUCUUGUUCUGUUUAAUGCAUUAGACCAUUAAAGCUGAGAAUUUUUACUAAAACUUAUUUUUGUGUAAGUUAGAUAUUUUAUUUUUGCAUUUUUCUCAAGGUGGACAAUGAAAACAGACUAGCUAAUUUGUAGUUACCUUUCAGAAUGCACUAGGGCAGUGUUGCACUGUUGGGGUUGCACACAGUAUAGGGGAACACUUAAUUUUUUUUUCAUGGGAAUUAAAUGAGAGAGGGGGAGAGAGAGAGAGACCUAUUAUGUUGAUCUUAGAUUUUGAAAAACUUGCUUUUACUUCACAUGGGGCCAAAUUUGACCUGCCUUUGUCCCUUUAAUUUAAGAAGUAUUCAAACCUGAGUGUCAAAUCAAAUGCAGUAUCAGUACUCUUUAGAUAUUAAAUAUACUUUUUGUUUAUUUAGGCUUUUCAUAUUUAAUUCUCUGUUUGUGAUAUGUACUGUAUAAACAUACCCUACAGACAAAUAAAACUGAAAUUACAGCUGGA